UUCUUUUUUUCAUUUGGCAACGCUGCUUCCGCUAAUCCAAAGGUGAUUUACCCAAGGUGAAAUGGGGUCCUUCCUGGGCUUCCUUGGCGCUAUUUCUUUCUUACAGGUUAUUUUCAUCGCAUCUUUGCUGAGUGCAGAGAAGAGUUUCGCCAGUGAAAAACAUCAUGAAGAAUACUGUGCAAUGUAUGAUAUAUGUGGAGAACGUAGUGAUGGGAAAGUUCUGAACUGCCCUUAUGGUUCCUCUUCGGUUAAGCCUGAUGAGCUGUUUUCUGCGAAAAUCCAAAGUUUGUGUCCAUCAAUAAGUGGAAAUGUUUGUUGCACCGAGACCCAAUUUGAUACGUUGCGGGGACAAGUUCAGCAAGCUAUUCCAUUUCUUGUUGGCUGUCCAGCAUGCUUGAGGAACUUCCUAAAUCUUUUUUGCGAACUUUCUUGCUCUCCAAAUCAGAGCAAAUUCAUCAAUGUUACUUCUACAUCCGAGGUUAAUGGAAAUCUGACUGUAGAUAGCAUUGACUAUUACGUAAGCGAUAAUUUUGGUGAAGCGCUUUACGACUCCUGCAAGGAUGUAAAGUUCGGGACUAUGAACACGCGGGCCAUUGAAUUUAUUGGUGCUGGUGCUAAAAAUUUUAAAGAAUGGUUUGCAUUUAUUGGUGCGAAAGCAGCCCCCGGCAUUCCUGGUUCCCCUUAUUCCAUCAACUUUAAGUCAAAUGUUAGCGAGUCAUCUGGAAUGGAGCCAAUGAACGUGUCUGUGUAUUCUUGUGCUGACACUUCACUCGGAUGUUCUUGUGGUGAUUGCCCGCUAUCUACUUCAUGUUCUAGUUCUGAACCUCCUGCUCCGUCCAUAGAGGAGGCAUGUUCGAUCAGAAUUGGGUCUCUUAAGGUCAGAUGUAUUGAACUUUCGGUAGCCAUCCUGUAUAUACUUUUUGUAUCUGCGUUCCUUGGGUGGGGUGUGUUUCGUCGGACAAGAGAGAGGAGGACACCUUCAUCUGGCAUGGAACCAUUAUUGAAUGUUCUUCAUGAUGAACUGGACUCCGUCAAAAUGCAAAAUAAUGAAAGCAAUACUGCAGUGGUGGAUGGGAUGUUUCCUCAAGUUACAAACAAGGUCCAAUUAUCCACUAUUCAAGGAUACGUAUCAAGUUUUUUCAGGGUUUAUGGAACCUGGGUUGCUAGAAAUCCCACUCUUGUCCUAUGUUCCUCGUUAGCAAUUGUUCUUAUUUUCUGUAUUGGUCUAGCUCGUUUCAAGGUGGAGACACGGCCAGAGAAGCUUUGGGUAGGUCAUGGAAGUAGGGCAGCUGAAGAGAAAGAGUUUUUUGACAACCGUCUGGCUCCCUUCUACAGGAUAGAACAGCUCAUAAUAGCGACCAUUUCUGAUCCACAUCUGGGAAAGCGCCCAAGUAUUGUUACAGAGGAUAAUAUUCAGUUACUCUUUGACAUACAAAUGAAGGUUGAUGGAAUUCGUGCAAAUUAUUCUGGCUCAAUGGUAUCUUUAACUGACAUUUGCUUGAAGCCUCUCGGCCAGGACUGUGCCACUCAAAGUAUUCUGCAGUAUUAUAAAAUGGACCCUGAAAACUAUGACACGUACGGAGGAGUCGAACACGCAGAGUAUUGCUUUCAGCAUUACACUUCUGCGGACACAUGUUUGAGUGCAUUUAAGGCUCCACUUGAUCCAAGCACAGCAUUAGGAGGAUUUCCUGGCAAUAACUAUUCAGAGGCUUCUGCAUUUGUGGUUACCUACCCAGUUAAUAAUGCGGUUGAUGAAUUAGGUGAUGGGAAUGGGAGAGCACUGGCUUGGGAAAAAGCUUUUAUAAAGUUAGCAAAGGAGGAGCUGCUGUCUCUUGUUCAAUCUAGCAAUCUUACUCUCUCGUUUUCUUCUGAAAGUUCAAUUGAGGAGGAGUUGAAAAGAGAGAGUACUGCAGAUGUUAUAACAAUAUUGGUAAGCUAUCUGGUAAUGUUUGCUUAUAUAUCAGUGACAUUGGGAGAUACUCCUCAAUUAUCUUCUUUCUACCUCUCAUCCAAGGCGCUGCUUGGUCUGUCAGGAGUUGUGCUAGUCAUGCUUUCAGUCCUUGGUUCUGUUGGACUUUUUAGUGCUCUUGGAGUUAAAUCAACAUUAAUCAUAAUGGAAGUCAUUCCUUUCCUUGUUCUGGCGGUAGGUGUAGAUAACAUGUGUAUAUUGGUACAUGCUGUUAAGCGUCAACCGGUGGAGCUACCUUUAGAACAACGAAUAAGCAAUGCUCUUGUUGAAGUUGGUCCUUCCAUUACACUAGCUAGUUUAUCAGAGGUCCUGGCAUUUGCAGUCGGAAGUAUUAUUCCUAUGCCAGCAUGCCGAGUCUUCUCCAUGUUUGCAGCUUUGGCUGUUCUGUUGGACUUUUUUCUGCAAGUUACUGCUUUCGUUUCCCUGAUAGUUUUUGACUUUUCAAGAGCCGAGGAUAACAGGAUUGAUUGUUUUCCAUGCAUAAAAAUUCCUUCUUCUGUCGAUUCUAGUGAAGGGAGCAAUAGAGGAGCUGGUUUAUUGAAUCGAUAUAUGAAGGAAGUACAUGCCCCCAUUCUUGGAAUUUGGGCAGUUAAGAUGGUUGUCAUUGCUGUUUUUGUAGCUUUUACUUUAGCAAGCAUCGCAUUAUCUACAAGGAUUGAACCUGGUUUAGAGCAGCAGAUUGUUCUUCCGCGGGAUUCUUACCUUCAGGGGUAUUUUACUGAUAUUGCCGAGUAUCUUAGAAUUGGACCACCAGUAUAUUUUGUAGUUAAGAAUUUCAAUUACAGCUCGCAAUCAAGACAAACGAACAAGUUAUGCUCCAUCAGUGGCUGUGAUUCUAACUCUCUUUUGAAUGAGAUAUCAAGAGCAUCUUUAACUCCAGAAUCAAGCUAUAUUGCUAAGCCAGCUGCCUCUUGGCUUGAUGACUUUCUCGUAUGGAUGUCACCUGAGGCUUUUGGCUGCUGCCGGAAGUUUAUAAAUGGUUCUUAUUGUCCGCCUGAUGAUCAGCCACCCUGCUGUGAACCUGAUGAAGCUUGUGGCUUAGGUGGAGUUUGCCAAGACUGUACCACAUGCUUUAGGCACUCAGAUUUGGUUAAUGAUCGCCCAUCUACCAUCCAAUUUAUGGAGAAGCUUCCGUGGUUCCUUAAUGCGCUGCCAUCUGCUGAUUGUGCAAAAGGUGGCCAUGGGGCUUAUACCAACAGUGUUGAUCUGAAUGGUUAUGAGAGUGGUAUUAUACAAGCCUCGGAGUUCCGUACCUAUCACACACCUGUGAACAAACAAGUCGACUAUGUCAAUUCAUUGAGAGCUGCGAGGGACUUCAGCUCAAGAAUUUCUUCUUCUUUAAAGAUGGAUAUCUUUCCAUAUUCUGUCUUCUAUAUUUUCUUUGAGCAAUAUCUUGACAUAUGGCGAGUAGCCUUGAUGGACAUUGCUUUAGCUCUUGGUGCUAUUUUUAUUGUUUGUUUCCUAUUAACUUCCAGUUUAUGGAGUUCAGCAAUCAUUCUACUGAUUUUAGCAAUGAUUGUUGUGGACCUCAUGGGUGUAAUGGCUAUUUUGGACAUCCAACUAAAUGCAGUUUCUGUUGUAAACCUAAUAAUGUCACUAGGGAUCGCUGUUGAGUUCUGUGUUCAUAUCACACAUGCGUACUUGGUGAGCCAUGGGGAUAGGAACCAGCGCAUGAAAAAAGCUUUGGGUACUAUGGGAGCUUCCGUCUUCAGUGGAAUUACGCUUACAAAACUAGUUGGUGUUCUUGUCCUUGGGUUCGCAAGAUCAGAAAUUUUUGUGGUUUAUUAUUUCCAGAUGUACCUGGCAUUGGUUCUUAUUGGUUUCUUGCACGGUCUUGUAUUUUUACCUGUCGUGUUGAGUAUGUUUGGUCCAAUGCCAAGAAGAGUAAUAGUCGAGCAACGAGAAGAAUCUUCAGUGCAAUUGAGCUGAUAGAUGGGAAAGUAUGAUCCUCACUUUUCGGUGAAUCCUGCUCCUCACACCUAUAGACUUGCAAUCUUGCGUCUGUGGUCUCAUAUGGUUAGGGAAAAAAUCAUUAUUUACAUAAGUGAACCACAAUUUGAAUACUGUUGAAAGGAAUUCUUGGAACAACAUUUUAAAUUGGAUAUUCGUCAGAAAGGAUGAAAAUAGAUGCUGUAAACACUAGUUUUUUAGCGAAUCAGUUUGUCCGAUGAAUGAGAUGGUGUCGGUUCUUUAGAA